GUGCAUCGUCCACUACCAGUCUACCACUCUACCCACAAGAGUUCAUGGCGUUCGGGGCAGCCUCACCACUUCACCAGCGGUAGGGCACGACUCGGCGCCGGCGGCGAACGGCGGCGGAUCGAGGGAGGGAGCGGGGCCUGCAGAGGAAGGGGUGUUGGGAAUGCGGGUAGUGGAGGGGGCACCGGAAGCUGACGAGGAGGAAGAGAAGUGGCUAGGGCAAUACUCUUCUACGCAGAGCAUACUGCUCGUCGGCGACGGGGAUUUUUCGUUCUCACUGGCGCUGGCCACAGGGUUUGGCUCCGGGGCCAACCUCGUCGCCACGUCGCUCGACACCUACGAGGCACUGGGCAACAAAUUCUGCAGAGCGAAGUCUAAUAUAACAGCCCUGAAAAGUUUGGGAGCUACUGUUUUGCAUGGCAUUGACGUGAAGACAAUGAAGUUGCAGAUUGACCUGAAAAACAGACGGUUUGAUCGGAUUAUCUAUAACUUUCCUCAUUCUGGCUUCAAAGGAAAAGAACAUGAGGUGCACAUGAUCAACUCGCACAAGAAGCUGGUGAGGGAAUUUUUCUGUAAUGCACGCCGCCUACUUCGGCCUUAUGGUGAAAUCCAUGUUAGUCACAAGAGAGGAAAGUGGUACGAAAAGUGGGGUCUUAAGCAUCUAGCAGCUGAGUUUUCUCUUGUGUUGGUCGAGAAAGUUAGUUUCCAAAAGGCAGACUAUCCCGGUUAUCACCAGAAGAAAGGAGCUGGUCCAAAUUGUGACAAACCUUUCCCGCUAGGUACCUGUUCCACAUUCAAGUUCAGAAUUGGAAGCUCGAAGAAACAGAAUGGGAGAAGGGCUGGACCAAUCUCAUCCAUUGGAGGCGACACAAGGCCAUGUCGUCCUCUUUCACUUGUUCAGCCAUGGUCCGGGCUACAGUUUGUUCCACGAGAUUACAUAGUUCCUGUGCCCAUGACUGCGCCAUCUCAUGUAGUUGAUCAAAGGCAGCCAGGCCGCAUUCCUUCACCAAUGGGCAGAAUCUCGAGCAACUGUUUGUUCGCUCGUCUGGGGCAAACUCUGUAUGAAAACAGAAUCAUUGCUGAAUCGCUAGGAAACACUGACUACUUCGCAUGCGAAUACCAAAGGAGUCUGCUGAGGGAGUACAGGAUGCAGAGUCAACUAGUCCCUGAGGCAACCAGCUUGAGCUAUUCUGCCUUCUUGGAAGCUCGCCAAUGGGAGUCUGUUCAGAGACAGGAGCGGCUCCGCAGGAGGAUCGCAUACGGUCGUUCCCAGUGAAGGAUCGUCUCCCUGAGGCCGAACUUGGUCUUCCCAGAUACGACCACAAUGUGUUUUGUGUAUAUACAGGUACGGCCCUUUUGUGUGGCAAACACUGCCACAGCAGCGAAAGGAACGCUGAUCCAAGUUGCUGCGUGGAGAUGUAUUCCUAGACAGCUAACCUGCUUUUGCUGUAUGGAGCUGCCUUGAGGAGACAGGAGUACAUUAGCUGUAGCAUGUAGUAACCUCACCUUUUGGGAACAGUACUUUGUGUGGGGUUACUGUCAAAUACCGUAAACUGGAGGUGCCAGUAUACUAGCUACUCCAUUGUUGAGGAACGAGUACCAGGUACUACUAGCAAUUGCUGAGAAAAGUGGUUACAGUUAACAAUGGCU